UGCCAUUACUCCCACCAGUCACUCCUUCACUCACUCUCUUUCUUUCUCUCACUUCUUAAAUAAACCUAACCCCCCAUUUCCAUUCAUUUCCUUCUAAAAGAAGAAGCCCUAAUCCACACCAUUUCUCACUCUCUCCACUUUCCUCCUCUGUUACAACAAUGGAGGAAUUAAGGAGGUUUUGCAUGUACUUUCUUCUAUUCACUCUUCUCUAUAUUUCACCUUCACUUGUUCAAUCUAGAAGCUUAGUAGUAGAAACUCCUAAAAAAACUACACUUCUUGAUAUUACAGCUUCAAUUCAGAAAACCAUUGAUGUUGUUUCUUCUUCCAAACCAGAAACCACCAUUCAGAACACAUUUCUCCAACAAGAAACAACAUUAUCUGAAUUCUCUUCUUCUUCUUCUUCUUCAUCAAAAUCAUUUACUCUGGAACUGCAUUCUAGAGAUUCACUUCACUCAUCCUCACAUAAGGACUACAAAACUCUGAUCAAAUCUCGAUUAGAACGUGAUUCAGCUCGAGUCAGAUCUCUUAACACUAAACUAGAUCUAGCUGUUAAUGGAAUCAAGAAAUCAGAUCUCAAACCAGUAGAAACAACAUUGGAACGAAGUCUGAUGACUGAAGGAGGAGGGAAAUCAAAAACUGAAUUAGAAGGUCCAAUCAUAUCAGGAACGAGUCAAGGAAGUGGUGAGUACUUCUCCCGAGUUGGAAUCGGUCGUCCACCUAAACCGUUAUAUAUGGUUCUUGAUACAGGUAGUGAUGUCACUUGGGUACAAUGUUCACCUUGUACAGACUGUUACCAGCAAACCGACCCGAUUUUUGAACCGUCUUCUUCUUCAUCUUACUCACAGAUUAUGUGUAACACUGAUACAUGCCAAGCGUUAGAUGUUUCGGCAUGUCGUGCCGGUGUUUGCUUAUAUCAGGUUUCAUAUGGUGACGGUUCUUAUACUGUUGGUGAUUUUGUCAGCGAGACCUUAACUUUCGGCAAAUCGAGUUCCGUCAACAACGUUUCUCUUGGUUGUGGUCAUGAUAAUGAAGGUUUAUUCGUCGGCUCAGCUGGUUUAUUAGGUCUUGGUGGCGGCUCACUUUCAUUUCCAUCACAACUCAAAACUGAAUCAUUUUCUUAUUGUUUAGUCGAUAGAGAUUCUAGCUCAACUUCAACACUCGACUUCGGUACCAGCUCAGAGCUAAACGUGAAUAACUCCGUCACAACUCCGUUACUCCGCAAUAACCAAUUAGAUACUUAUUACUAUCUGGGUUUAACGGGGUUAAGUGUUGGAGGAGAAAUGUUAACGAUUCCGCCAUCGGCAUUUGAAGUGGAUGAAAGUGGUAACGGUGGCAUAAUUAUUGACUCCGGAACGGCUGUGACUCGGUUGAAAACCGAUGUUUAUAACUCACUCAGAGAUGCUUUUGUUAAAGGAACUCAGAAUUUACCGUCUACAAGUGGUGUAGCAAUUUUCGAUACGUGUUAUGAUCUCUCAACGAUGAGAAGUGUUGAUGUUCCGACUAUUUCUUUACAUUUCCCCGGUGAGAAAUAUAUAGCAUUACCGGCUAAGAACUACUUGGUGCCGCUUGACUCCGCCGGGACGUUUUGUUUAGCGUUUGCACCGACGUCAGCUUCUUUGUCGAUUAUCGGGAAUAUUCAACAGCAGGGUACACGUGUCACUUUUGAUUUGGUUAAUUCUCUUGUUGGAUUCUCUGCCAGUCGAUGUUAGUUAUAGAUAGAUAGAUUUUGAGCAGAAAAUAUUGCUCUUUGUUGUUGUAAUGUAUUAUUUUAUUUUUACGGUCUUUUUUUUACUCCUGUUGUUUGAGGUAAUUUUCUUAAAGAAAUUUUACCACAGGAGAGGUUGUUGUUGUUAUUAUCUACGGUUGGAUGUGUAUUUAAUAGAAAUGGGAGUAUAGGUAAUGGGACUUAUGGUUUGCAUGGGUGACAUGUGGUUUGUCGGUUGAAUAUCUAGGUGCAAUAUUUGUGGGGUUUAUAUUUUUGUUUGUGAUGUUGUUGUGGUGUGUAGGAAGGGUCAAUUUCUUGGAAGAUGUGAUUUAAGGGAA